GUCUAGUAACUCUUAAUUUGAUGGCAUGACAGGAGAAAUGUAAGAAAAAUGCUGAGAAUCGAUCAAAGCAACUUUACACCCACACUGGCAGAUCGAAAAGCUUGGCAAGGCUCGGAGAAGAAGAUGUAAUCUAUUUUUGAGAAUGUUUUUGAACUAUCUCUUCCUCUACUUAUUCACUUUGUCAACAUUAUUGGUACAGUUGGAACGACAAGGGAGGAGAGUUAGUAGAGGAGAGUUGUAUCUCUUAACGCACAAAAGAGCUAAUGGCUCCUAUGUCCAUGAUGCAGCUCGGGCUAUUGGAAAUUGAUGCUAUUGAGCAACGUGAUGAAUCCUCUAGACUGUUGUCUCAUAAUGAUUCGCUUGCUCAAGCUCUCGGAAAGGAGCACUCGGGUAGGGUGCGUGGCAUCGGGUUGGGGCCGACUUCUAGUCAAGUCUUCAGUAUGAAUUCCCAUCAGCCGAGCAAUGGUAUUGAAAGGAAGGAGACCCAAAGGGUGCUGCUUGAACUACAAGCAGAGUUGGCAGCCGAGAAAUUGAAAAGGAAGGCAGUGGAGGAUGAAGUAGCAGCCGAGAAGACCAAAAGACAGGCAGUGGAGGAUGAAGUAGCAGUCGAGAAGACAAAAAGACAGGUAGUGGAGGAUGAAGUAGCAGCUGGGAAGGUAAGGAUGCAGGCAAUGGAGAGUGCUUUGAUAUGUCUACUUCAAGGACAAGGUGGAAAGCUGCCAUCAGAUGUCGCCGCAUGGAUGAGUGCGUUGGAGGGACAGAUUAGAAAGUAG